CAUAGGGUACUAAUUUAUCUGACAAGUUCACAAGUAAAAACGUCUGUUCCAUGAGGACUCUUUAAAAGUACCCUGACGAGUAAUCUUCCUUCUCUCCUUGCCACUCCGUUAACCCCACUCACCGCUUCCGUCCUCCUUUCUCACAAAGUGACAUGAUCAGACCGAAAAGAAUAUGAAGCCCAGCGUAGCGUUUGUGAUUCUCAUGUGUCUCUGCGAGGCGGUCGCAGUACCUCGUGCUCUGAGCGGAAAUGUGAAGGACGUAUUUAGGCUGGAGAAGAGACAACAGGAUACGGGAACAUCUGAUGCGCCCAGUUCCCAGGCUGCAUCCUCUGCGGCUGCAUCUUCCGACACAGGACAGAGUAUUGUAUUGACCACGACACUUGUUGAUUCAUCGUCUAUUGCUCCGGUUUCUUCUGCUACUAUAUCUUCUGUAACGACCUCUGAUGUUGGAUCUUUUACUGUAUCAUCAACGAUUCAAUCAACGUCUGCUACGUCUUCAACGACUGCAUCAUCUGCUGGACCGUCAUCGGUUUCGCCAUCACCGUCAUUGGUUUCGCCAUCAUCUAACGAUCUAUCUACGUCUUCUACGGCCGGUCCCACGUCUGCUGAACCAAUUACGACAUCAUCACCUGAAUCAUCUGUUCAACCUUCCUCAUCUUCCUCUCCCGUACCUUCACCAUCUUCUUCUUCCGAAUCUUCCACCACUGUCCCAUCAAGUAGCUCAGUGCCCACUUCAUCCGAAGCAACCUCUUCACCCGAGCAAAGCGUCGCUGCACCCAGCACAAGUACGGCUGAGAGCUCUGCUGCACAGAGUGUUCAGCCUUCUACAUCGCCUUCAGCAACACCCAGCGCCUCACAGUCUUCGGUAUCUCCUUCCACGGCCCCUAGCUCCGCGGCUCCGGAGCCAUCAAGCUCUCAGGCUGGUCCUACUUCGACCGAGCCCUCGAGUGCAGUUCCUGCCAGCUCGGAUCCACCUGUCAGCUCUGCGGUGGCAAGCUCGUCGUCUGCAAGCCAAGCUCCUAGCUCUGCGGUGGCAAGCUCGUCGUCUGCGAGCGAAGCUCCUAGCUCUGCAGUGGCAAGUUCUGCAUCCGUUCCCAGUUCCUCAGUUGCUAGUUCAGGGCCCAUCACAUCAGAGCCCGCUAGUUCUCAACCUGCGGCGAGUUCGGAAGCACCUUCUUCUGCAUCUUCUUCAACACCUUCUUCAAAUCUCUCUCCUUCUCAAUCACUUCCCCAAAGCUCGGGAAACCCCUCUGCCGUUAGCUCUGGGCCUACCUCGCAAGCUGCCAGUGUUUCGGCAUCGGCAUCACCGCAAGUAUCGCCGUCGGUUACUACAUCAGCGGGUGUAGUAAUCACUCCUUCCGGAUCAGGCUCACAAACUUCUGGAGAGGCACCAGCUACUUCCUCGUCUCCUGCACCAUCAUCAGUACCGGCUCAAUCCUCAGCGUCCAACACACCAUCCCAAGUUGGGUCACAAACCAUCUCGGGAGCUGCAUCAGUUACAUCUUCAUCGCCGGCCGUCACGUCUGAUACCCCUUCCACGACCCCAGCGGACACACCAAUUACUGCAAGCUCAAGCCGUCCUUCCACGACUGCCGGCGGUCCUAUCACGGUCACGGCGACCAACACCUACACUACACCAUUCACAACGACGAAUGCAGCUGGAUCGGUCUCAACAGGUAAUGCAGUGAGGACUGUAACAGUGAUCGUCACUGCCAACGAUCCGAACCAGUCGACUCAACCUACUGAGACGGAAUCGGAAGGUCCGGGUGUCGUAGUAGUGACCGUCACUGCGACAGAUCCGGGGGCAACCACGGCAAGUGACGGAGGGGUAGUUGUUGUUUACGUUACCGAAACAGCAUCUACCACUGAUCAGUCAGGUCGUCCGACAAAUGUUAUCGAAACAAUAACAGAGCACGUCCGCGUAUCUAUCGUGGCGGGCGUGACUUUAACGGCCUACUCCACGGCAGGUAAUGGCGGGUCCCUUCAAUCGAUCGGUGCUGCUUCACCAAUAAAAGAUUAUAAUCAUGGCAUCUUCAUUGCCUUUGGCAUGGGAAUCUUCUCAAUGCUUGUCACGGCGUUACAUUUGUUGUGGCAAUGAACAAUUAACAUGCCGAGCUUGGUGGUCAAAAAAAUUGGGCACUGGGAGUAGAAAUGAUCUUUAAUGAGGUAAUGGUUUCACGCAAUCAAAAAAGGAACAGUUAUAAUUUGUAUCUAUCAUGUUGGAUCAUCUCAUAGAUGAUUAUCAGACUGUAUCUCUGACUCUGUAUCUCUGACUCUGUAUCUCUGACUCUGCAUCUUAUAGUACAUGCGUGCAUCCGCAUGAUGAGCGUCCUUGCCUAACAAAUCGUACCAUCGAUCUGAUAGGGAAUCAGGAUUUUUAUCUUGCAAAAAUCAGGGCUAAA